ACAACCGCAGACCUAGUGUUUCUUCUGAGCAAAAACCUGUGCUGGAAAAGCCGUAAAUAGUCUAUAAAGAAAUCGCGUAUCUGUAAUAGAACGUCGAGAUGACUGACACCACUUUGCCGAUUGCCAAUACGCUGCGCCUGCGACCAUUGACCAAAGAAAACAUCCUUUACUACUACUUUCCACUGAAAGGUAUGCUCAGCUAUGCAGCGCUGUCCGUCAACGUAAUGAAUCCGUCGAUUGCGAUCAAACUUUUGCCAAAGCGAGAUGUAACCAACUUCCUGUUGCUUCAUACGGUGCUCGGAACGACGCUGUUUAUGUACAGCAGGCCGCAUCUCAAAGCUGUGCCAACGAACAAGCGUGCCGCGUAUAGCAUCUGCGGAUCCGUGCUGUUCAGUUUCGGAUCGGUGUUGGUGUGGGCCGUCAUCCGAUCGGCCGUUCCCCGUAAUCAGGGCCUUGCCACCGCACUGGGCUUGUCCUCGGGACUUCUAAUGGCCAAGCUGGGCUAUGACUACAUGGAAAACAACGACAGUCAAGCGGUCGUAAAGAAGAACUAGGAGAUUUGAGUUUUAGGAGUUAUCUUUGCCCAACAAUUCGUGUCGAGUGUUUUUCAAGCGGCCUGUAUGGCACAACAAAUUUGCUCGAACGAAUGGACCACCUGCAAUUGGCAAAUUAUGCUGCAAAAGUAAUUAGUUUGAGCAUACAAAAUAUACCAAGAUUGUUGCUAUUUCUAUUAUCUUAAAACAAUGUGGCUUUUGUUUAUUAUUAAACUAUGAUAUGGUUUUGCUCGAUUCUAGAUAGAUUUGAA